AUGGCUAUUCCGUUCGAAGGGUUGAUCCCUUAUACCAUCAUGGCGGCCUUUUUCGGCCUUGCCGGCCAUGGUGUUGGUUUCGUUAGAUAUUGGGAUAAUGGUUGGAAGAAUGACAGAUUUGACUUGGACGAGUUUGAUGAAACCAUGAUGAAGAGAGACUUUUUCUUGACUGGGGUCAAAAGAGGACAAACCAGUGAAGCCGUUGCUCCAGAACACUUCAAGACUCAACAGCCACAACUCGAGCAAUACUGGACUGCAAACAGAAACCAAUUUUUCCUUCUCAGAGAAAGAUUAUACAAGGGUUAUGUCUCUGGUGUUUGGGACUUGUCUUAG